AGGUGUAGCUGUAUAUUGGCAAGUUCGUCCACAGAGACAGAAGGUAAAAGUACAGGACAGUCACUGGAGGUCGUGAAGAGGGGCAGUGGUUAUCGAACCUAUUGCAGGACGCAGGACCAUGAAACCUGGGAAACUUCAGUACACGGUCACCCGCUCUGCCUACUCGGAGCCUGGUUUCAAAGCUCAGCACCAGCCAGUUGAGAGGUGUCACAAAACCACCCUGGAUCAUGUGAAGAUCUACUUUAGAUGCUCCACUGCAAAGGCAAAGAGGAUCUGCCUCAGUCUGUUUCCAAUCGUCUCCUGGCUGCCGGCCUACAAUGUGAAGGAUUGGCUCAUCAGUGACAUUGUGUCUGGUGUCAGCACAGGUCUCGUCUGUGUUCUACAAGGCUUGGCCUAUGCACUCCUGGUCUCAGUCCCUGCUGGUUAUGGACUGUAUGCGGCCUUCUUCCCCAUUUUGACCUACUUUUUCCUGGGAACAUCAAGACAUAUAUCAGUCGGGCCUUUCCCCGUGGUGAGUCUGAUGGUGGGGACUGUCGUGGAGAGGAUGGUGACUGAUGACAGUCUCGGGGCCAACUCCACCAUCUUUCCUGCUGACUUGAGCAAAGAGGAGAGGCAGGUGUGGGUGGCGGGCUCUGUCACCUUCCUUUCUGGCAUCUUCCAGCUGGCUCUUGGCUUCCUCCAGGUUGGUUUUAUCGUCAUCUACCUGUCAGACUCACUGAUAUCCGGCUUCACCACAGCUGCUGCAAUUCAUGUCCUGGUCUCCCAGCUCAAGUUUGUCCUCCAGCUGACUGUCCCUGGCUUCAGUGGCCCUCUUUCUCUGAUUUAUACACUGAAACACAUCUUUACUCACAUCACGGAAUCAAACGUUGCUGACGUCAUCAUUUCACUCAUCAUCAUGAGUGUGGUGUUCGUUUUCAAGGAAAUUAAUGACCGAUUCAAGUCCAAGCUACCUGUGCCAAUCCCCAUUGAGGUUAUUAUGACGAUAAUCGCAACGGGUGUCUCCUAUGCAUUUAACUUUAAAGAGACCUAUAACGUUGACAUUGUUGGACGCCUACCGAGCGGCUAUGAGACUCCGCUUCCACCCAACACUGCCGUCCUACAGCAGAGCUUUGGAGAUGCCUUCUCAAUUGCCAUUGUUGGUUUCGCUGUUGCAUUCUCUGUGGCCAAAGUUUACUCCAUUAAGCAUGAUUACACUAUCGAUGGAAACCAGGAACUGGUGGCUUUUGGAAUCAGCAACAUGUUCUGUGGUGCGUUCCGGGGAUUUGUAGCAAGCACUUCUCUCUCCAGAACGGCUGUCCAGGAGAGCACAGGAGGGAAAACACAGGUUGCUGGUCUGUUAUCAGCUUUGGUGGUGAUGAUUGUGACUCUGGCGAUUGGAUUCCUGUUAGCCCCUCUCCCCAAGUCAGUUCUUGGAGCGAUUGUCAUUAUUAACUUGAAAGGAAUGUUAAUGCAGUUCAGAGAUAUUGGAAUUCUAUGGAAGAAAGACAAGUAUGAUUGUCUGAUCUGGAUCGUGGCCUGCAUCGCCGCUGUUCUCCUUGGUCUGGACAUCGGGCUCGGUGCUGCUGUUGGAUUUGAGCUGCUGACCAUUGUCUUCAGAACCCAGUUCCCACAGUGUGCUGUAUUGGCUAACAUCAAUGGGACAGACCUGUACAGGAACAGGAAGGACUUUGUCAAUAUAUAUGAGCCAGAGGGAGUGAAGAUCUUCCGAUGUCCUUCACCCAUUUUCUUUGCAAAUAUUGACUUUUUCCGGGCCAAGCUGACAGAAGCUGUUGGGUUUAAUCCACUCAGGAUUCUCCGGAAACGGAAUAAAGCCCUUCGAAAAAUCAAGAAAAUGCUUCUGAAAGGAGAGCUCAUGGCCACGACGAGAGGGUAUGUGGAGACCACUGACGUAAGUUACCCGAAGGACUCGGACAACGAGGAGGACAAGAGUGAGGAGGACCCAGGCACAGCAGCAGACAUGCAGGAGUUGCCACUGCGGGUUGACUGGAGAUCUCCACCUGCUGGGAUUCAUGUUCCCAGGCUGGAAGUACACAGCAUCAUCUUUGACUUUGCCGCUGUCUCUUUCCUUGACAUGUCCGCCAUGAAAGGCUUGCAGUCGAUCUUGAAAGAAUUUGUCAGGCUUGAAAUUGAUGUUUACAUUGCUGCUUGUGAUGGUCUUCUCUUGGAAAAACUAGAAAGAUGUGGAUUUUUUGAUGAUGAAAUCACUCCAGAAAUAUUCUUCCUUACAAUCCACGAUGCAAUGCUCCAUAUUCUGGAUAGACACGACCCCAUCCAUUCUUUGAACCUGAGCAACGGAAAGGUUAUUGAGACCAGUGAAAAAUUAUGUGCUGAGGAAUUGAGAAAGAGAGACUGCUCAGUGCCACCAAUGACACAGUUCUGAACUUCCAGCCACUGAAGCACCAAUACAAAUCACAUUCAUCACUGCUUUGAAAACUACACCACUUUUAGCAAUGGCUGUUUUAUAUGAAUUUUUAUUACCUUCUUGUGCAGAAUUUUAUUCAAGUUCCCUGCUAAAGCACUUCUAAGCUUAUUAAUGUAUAAUUGUAAAUAUUUUAAUGAAAAGGAUGUAAUGUCAGAUGGAUACAAUGAACAGUGCCUGGCAGCACUGCUAGUCUGAGAUCUGACUGAAAUUUCUCUGUAUUUCCUUCUAACAUAAAAAGGAGACAUUUAGCCCACUGAGUCCAUGUUAGCUGACAUUCAAAUUAUUCCUGCACUUAUUUUUACUGUAACCCACCCUCCUAGAUCCCACCUAAGGGCAAUAUAACACACCAACCCGCUUGUCCAAGGGCUGUGGGAGAAGACCAAGGCACCCAGAGGGACCUUGUAUGGUCAUAGGGAGGAUGUGGCUGUUUCACACAGGCAGUGUUUGGGUUGCUGGGGCUCAGAGGCUCACGUUCUGCCAGUUGUUCUCCCCUCACUCUUUUACCAUCAAUGACAAAUUGCAAUAUCUUGUGUCAGCCCCACUUCAUCCACUCGGCUACCUGAAUGUAAGUGAAACCCUCGUCAAAGGGUGGAAGGCACAACUGUGAGUUCUUACUAGGUAGUGCCAACAUUGGUCAAAGAUGUGAAAUCGCAUCAUGUGCUGUUCCUACGAGAGAAUUCCUAUGAAAUAUGACCCACCUUCUCAGAUUUUACCAUACUUUUAUUCUUAGUGUGCCAAGAGUCACUGGGAAAGUUAUUAAUACCAAGAUGGCACCGAUUUCAGUAUUACCUUACACUUCCCCGUGAUCUUGUAUUCCUUUAACCAGUUGAUGAAAUGUAAAUGUACUGGAGAACAUGGCAGUUUGUGGCUCAGUGCUGGGAGAAUGGUUGGAGAUUCUGGACCAGUGGAGCCAAGAGGAUGUGAAAGCAGUUAUGGGACUGGUGGAUGGAGAAGUGUAGGCUGGAAAUACUGGAAACUCCAAAUGGGUUCCUGCCUCUCAGCUCAUCAGGUGGUACAGAGACCUGCAAGUUAAAUACUGUUUACUGGUACAGAGACCUGCAAGUUAAAUACUGUUUAAUCAGUUUAGUUAUAUGUUUAGCCACAGCCAAUGAAAUGUCUAGGUUUAAUCGAGCACCUUGUUGAUUCUUGUUGAUUGAUGAGAUUGUAAGAAAGCAGAUGCUGGAGUCUGGAACUCAGCGGGCUGAGCAGCAUUUGUGUAGGUCAGGUUGAAAUCCACACCGGGAUUCUCUGCCACCACUGAUGCAGCAGCUUGACUCACUGAGCUCCUCCAGCAGUCUGUGCCUUGUUGGUUGGAAAUGUUGACAAGUGACCAGCAACACUCAGUCCUGUCUCAAUUCCUGAGUCUUAUUGGUAUUUCUAUGCUAAGAAUGCAGAAAUCCACAUGAUACUUUGUACUAUGGUACAGCUUGCAGAAGAGUGGCCAUAGCACAAAAUAUGCAAGUUUCCUCCAGGAUCCCUCGAUUCAUAGUCCUGAGAGAAAUGAAGGAAAACAAAUGUAUUCAAUAGCAAUAACAAAAGAUGAAGCCACACUCAGGUUGGAGGAACAACCUUAUAUUCCGUCUGGGUAGCCUCCAACCUGAUGGCAUGAACAUUGACUUCUCUAACUUCCGCUAAUGCCCCACCUCCCCCUCGUACCCCAUCCAUUAUUUAUUUAUAUACACACAUUCUUUCUCUCUCUCUCUCUCUCUUCUUUUUCUCCCUCUGACUAUACCCCUUGCCCAUCUUCUGGAGUUUUCCUCCCUCCCCCUUUUCCUUCUCCCUGGGCCUCCUGUCCCAUAUCCCUUUUGCCAAUCACCUGUCCAGCUCUUGGCUCCAUCCCUCCCCCUCCCGUCUUCUCCUAUCAUUUUGGAUCUCCCCCUCCCCCUCCAACUUUCAAAUCCCUUACUCACUCUUCCUUCAGUUAGUCCUGACGAAGAGUCUCGGCCUGAAACGUCGACUGUACCUCUUCCUAGAGAUGCUGCCUGGCCUGCUGCGUUCACCAGCAACUUUGUUGUGUGUUGCUUGAAUUUCCAACAUCUGCAGAAUUCCUGUUGUUUACAUAUUCCUGUUGCUUGGAUUUAUCUAACUAAUUAUGUAUAUCAGGCCGAAAUAAAAUGUUUAGAAAGAAGGACGUUAUUUCACUGUUUUCUGGUUGGUUUUGUGCAGCUAUUCUCAGAAAUCCUGAAGAUUGUUAUUACAAGUUCCUUGUGUUGGGGAAAGUUGCAUUCACUUGUAUCACUCAGGCGGCAAAAGGCAGCAUUGUGAAUCACGGUAUGGGUCCUAUCCUUUGGAGAAAACCUUAGUGAAGAAAUACACAAGCACACCUCAGCAGUCAGCAUCUAGAAGUUAACCAGUCCAAACAGGUUACCUAUCCAUUAUUAGUGGAAAAAACAGGCCCUUCAGCCAGCAUGUCCAUGCUGACCAUCUGUUCUUACCAGUCACCCUCUGUCUCCAUUCAUUUUGCUCACUUGACUUGUGGCCCUGGUCAAUGCUUUGCUGAAGUCCAUGUGAACCACAUCAACAUAUUUUAUUAUUCUUCCGAAAACUUAACCAAGGCAUGAUCUCCCACCGACAAAUCCACACUGAACAUCCCCGGCAGUCCCUGUAUUCUCAUUCUCAGUGUAGAUUAAAUGUACUGUUAGAAUUUUUUUUAAAAAUAACUUACCUUCCUUCCUCUAAUGUUAGACUCACAGCCUGUCUCUGUGGCCCUUCUUGAAUAAAGGCACUACAUUUGCUGUCCCGUUAUAUGGCACCUCACCUGUGGCCAGUGAAGAUUUAAAAUCAGAAUAUUCUGGAAACAAAAUGGGGGAAAAGAAACAGAGCUAAUGCUCAAAGAUCUGAAGUCAGAACUGGGAAGGAAAUGAAAGAAACUGUGGGGAGGGAUUGGGAGAGGUGGGAUGUCUCUAAUGGGUAAAACCAGGUUGACCAUGGGGAUAUGCUGUAAGCAAAGUUAUCACACAUCUCCAAUGACUUGCUGCUCCUUGGCCAAGCAAAAUGCUUCUCCCUGUCCUGAAUGGUCUUCUCUCGGAGCUGUGAUACUUGGUUCUGGGCAGGCAUGUUAGCAUUGGUCUUGUUAAGCCCCACAGGAGCUUUCUCAUCAACUCUCAUUCUUUUGAAGUCUGAGUGAUAAAAAAAGCCCAUCUUGCACAAAUGUAUCAUCCUGAGGAAUGAACCUGAUGAGCCUUUGGUGUACUCUGUUCUGUUGGAAAUAAAUCCUUCUGUAGGUUGGGUGACCAGACAUGACCUGUUUUACAGAGCUUGAACAAUAAUGAAUAUUCCAUAUCUACACAGUGUUCCACGUAUUGUCUGGUCAGGGAACAAACAUCUCUAUACUUGCACUAAAAUUCCCUUGCAAUGGCCAACAUGCCACUGACCUUAUUUCCUUGGUGUAAGUCCGCAGUGGUGCAUGUUCAAAGAUAGUCCUUGAACAAUAGCACCCCCCAGUUUGUGGGCAUUUAGGAAACAGCUUCCCUAUAUUUUUCCAUGUGUUCCAUGCCCUCACUUUGUCUGUGCACUUCAUUCUGAAACCUCUCUACAGCCCCCUUACAGCUGGCACUGCAGAAGCUCCAGUAACCAGGAAUAUUCAUCAUCCUGCCUCAGUUCAGCUCUGUAAAACAGGUCAGGUCAGGCUUUGACCAGCUCUCUCAACUCACCUAUCUGUAUUUAGUGUUCAGAUACAUCCCACAAAUUCCAUCUAUUUGAACUUUUCUUACUCAGUUUCCCAGAUAAUUUCACGUAUGUUCAGCCUUCUAGUUCUACCUUUCCUCCUUUGGAUUCUUUUCUCAGCUUCCCAUGCCAGUAUGCAAGACAAGCUGUUGGUUGUAUCUUGAUAUGUGACAAUAACAAACCAAUAUCCUGUUAAAACUAGCUUAAUAGUGUUGAGGUGCAGUCUAUCCAGCAUUUGCAGAUCCCGACUUCCUCAGAGCUAGUUGCAACCUCAGAGAAUCUGAUCUUCAACCCACCUCCCAACCCUUCCACCAGCUCUUUCCAACCAUACCUUUGUGUAUGUUACCCUCUUGUGCUCUUGGCUCCCAGCACUGAGAAUUAUUGCCCUUAAGAUCCUGCACUUUAAUAUUCUGCCUCCUUCUACUACCCAUUGUGUUUUCCCCUAUUCUUUCUUCCCCAUUUCUGCCUAUCACCUCCCUGCCUCCCUUCCCCACCCCUUUAUCUUUCCCCUUACUGGUUUUUCACCUGGAACCUACCAGCCUUCUCCUUCCACCCUCCCCCUAACUUCUUUAUAGGGCCUCUGCCCCUUCCCUCUACAGUCCUGACAAAGGGUUUCAGCCCGAAACAUUGACCGAUCUUUUCCACGGAUGCUGUCCGACCUGCUGAGUUCCUCCAGCGUGUUGUGAGUGUUACCAAUUUGUAUGUGAUCUGCAAAUUCCUCCUACGUCGUUAGCUAAGUAACAAAGUCCUAGCAUGGUACACCACUGAUCACAGACCUCCAAUCUGUAAAUCAUUCUCCUACCACUAGCACCAAGCUAGAUUUGGAUCUAAUUAGCCAGCUCACCUUGUAUCCUAUGUUUCUUAACCUUGUGGAUCAAUCUCCAAUGUGGAACCUUGUUAAAUUUCAUACCAUUCUUUCUAAUCAGUCCCUCUUUGCAAAUGAACAUAAAUGUUGUCCCUUUGAAUUUUUUCCUGUAACUUGCCUACUUCUAACAUAAUUUAAAUUGACCUGCAGUUACCUGACUUACCCCUGCCACCAUAUUCUAGCUAUUCUCUAGCCUUCGGAUACUUCAUCUUUGGCUCACAAAGAUGUACAAAAAUCUUCACCAGGGCCCUAGCAAACGAGGUAUCUUUAAGCAUUAAAAUUACCUGAUCUUUCACCAUGCUUUUCUGAUUUGAGCAUGAAAGCAAUGGCCUCACCAGAUUAGCACAGUACAGAAAUAAGCCCUUCAGUCCAUUAUGACUGUACUGACCAUCUACAUCAAUCCCACAUGUUCUUGGUCUGUGGUCAAACUGUAUCUUGGUGAUGCAAGCACUUGUUCAGAUGCUUUUGAAACUGUUCCCAUGCAUUCUCAGGGAGUGUGUCCCAGUGUCCAACCCCACCCCCCAGGUGAAAAUACUUUUCUCAGAUCUCCUCUAAACCUUAAGGCUGAUUUAUACUUGUGCAUACUAGCUUAAGCAAGUGCCUACGCAAGUGGGCUACGCCGUUGUGAGCAUUUAUACUUGCGCGUUGGUGUGUCUGCGUCACUCUGCAGUUCACCGCCAAAACACCAGUUGGCGAUGGGGUUUCUAUGCCACUGUGUUGAAUUUCUUUGUGUUUAAACAAUGGCGACUGAAACUGAAGGAGGGUGAAUUUUCUGUGCUUGUCCAGCCACUGAGAGUACAUGGACGAGGAGAUGCAUUUCAAAUAUUUUCGGAUGUCGGCAGGUAGAAUUUGACGAUUUGGUUCAUUGUCUCCAACCAUUUAUUUCGCAUUAGUGUAUGCACAGUAUACUCAGAGACUGGCAAUCACCAUUUGAGUUUUAGCUUCUGGUGGAAGUGGCUGUAGCAGCUAGCUACAAACUGGCGUCAAGCACAGGGUCCUCCAUAAUUUCGGAGGUCUGUAAAGCUUUAUGUAAAGCAUUGCAGCCAGAGUUCCUUCCCUGCCCUUCAAUCGCUCAAUGGGAGAGGUGCGCAUUAGGCAUAGGGUUCGGCAUAGAGUACAGCGUAGGGAACAUGGCUAUUUGACAUUUGACACAAAUAUAAAUCAGCCUUUACUCCUCAUAUUUGAUUCGAUUUGAUUGUAAGGGGAAUACAUAGGCGUUUCUGCGGCCGCAAACGAGAUUCCAGGAGGGUACGUUGCCUCCCCGGUGCAAGGGUCAAGGAUGUCUCUGAGCGGCUGCAGGACAUUCUGGAGUGGGAGGGUGCCAACAGCCAGUGGUCGUGGUGCACAUAGGUACCAACAAUAUAGGUAAAAAAUGGGAUGAGGUCCUACAAGGGGAAUUUAGGGAGUUAGGAGAUAAACUAAAAAGUAGGACCACAAAGGUAAUAAUCUCUGGAUUACUACCAGUGCCACAUGCUAGUCAGAGUAGAAAUAGGAGGAUAUUUCAGAUGAAUACGUGGCUUGAAAAAUGGUGCAAGGGGGAGGGAUUCAAAUUUCUGGGGCAUUGGAACCAGUCUGGAGAAGGUGGGAUAGUACAAACAGGACGGUCUGCACCUGGGCUGGACUGGAACCAAUGUCCUAGGGGGAGCGUUUGGUACUGUUGUUCAGGAGGAUUUAAACUAAUGUGGCAGGGGGAUGGGAACAAGUGCAGAGAGACAGAGGGGUGUAGAAUGAGGGUAGAAGCAAAAAGUAGUAAGGUGAAAAGUAAAAGUGGCAGGCCGGCAAAUCCAGGGCAAAAAUCAAAAAGGGUCACUUUUCAACAUAAUAGUAUAGGGGCUAAGAGUGUUGUAAAAGCAAGCCUAAAGGCUUUGUGUGUCAACGCAAGGAGCAUUCGUAUCAAGGUAGUUGAAAUGAAUGUGCAGAUAGUUAUUAAUGAAUAUGAUAUAGUUGGGAUCACAGAGACAUGGCUCCAGGGUGACCAAGGAUGGGAGCUCAACAUUCAGGGAUAUUUAAUAUUCAGGAGGGAAAGACAUGAAAGAAAAGGAGGUGGGGCAGCAUUGCUGGUUAGAGAGGAGAUUAACGCAAUAGAAAGGAAGGACAUUAGCCGGGAGGAUGUGGAAUUGAUAUGGGUCAAGCUGCAUAACACUAAGGGGCAGAAAACGCUGGUGGGAGUUGUGUACAGGCCACCUAACAGUAGUAGUUGGGGAUGGCAUUAAACAGGAAAUUAGAAAUGUGUGCAAUAAAGGAACAGCAGUUAUAAUGGGUGACUUCAAUCUACAUAUAGAUUGGGUGAACCAAAUUGGUAAGGGUGCUGAGGAAGAGGAUUUCUUGGAAUGUAUGCGGGAUGGUUUUUUGAACCAACAUGUUGAGGAACCAACUAGAGAGCAGGCUAUUCUGGACUGGGUUUUGAGCAAUGAGGAAGGGUUAAUUAGCAAUCUUGUUGUGCGAGGCCCCUUGGUUAAGGGUGACCAUAAUAAUAAUAAUAUGGUGAAAUUCUUCAUUAAGACGAUGAGUGAUAUAGUUAAUUCAGAAACAAAGGUUCUGAACUUAAAGAAGGGUAACUUUGAAGGUAUGAGACGUGAAUUAGCUAAGAUAGACUGGCAAAUGAUACUUAAAGGGUUAACGGCAAGCAUUUAAAGAUCGCAUGGAUGAACUACAACAAUUGUUCAACAAUUAUUCAUCCCAGUUUGGCAAAAGAAUAAACCAGGGAAGGUAGUGCACCCGUGGCUGACAAGGGAAAUUAGGGAUAGUAUCAAUUCCAAAGAAGAAACAUACAAAUUAGCCAGAAAAAGCAGCACACCUGAGAACUGGGAGAAAUUCAGAGUCCAGCAGAGGAGGACAAAGGGCUUAAUUAGGAAAGGGAAAAAAGAUUAUGAGAGAAAGCUGGCAGGGAACAUAAAAACUGACUGUAAAAGCUUUUAUAGAUAUGUGAAAAGAAAAAGAUUGGUUAAGACAAAUGUAGGUCCCUUACAGUCAGAAACAGGUGAAUUGAUUAUGGGGAACAAGGACAUGGCAGACCAAUUGAAUAACUACUUUGGUUCUCUCUUCACUAAGGCGGGCAUAAUAAUCUUCCAGAAAUAGUAGGGGACUGAGGGUCUAGUGAGAUGGAGGAACUGAGGGAAAUACAUGUUAGUAGGGAAGUGGUGUUAGGUAAAUUGAAGGGAUUAAAGACAGAUAAAUCCCCAGGGCCAGAUGGUCUGCACCCCAGAGUACUUAAGGAAGUAACCCAAGAAAUAGUGGAUGCAUUAGUGAUAAUUUUUCAAAAUUCUUUAGAUUCUGGAUUAGUUCCUGAGGAUUGGAGGGUGACUAAUGUAACCCCGCUUUUUAAAAAAGGAGAGAGAGAGAAACCGGGGAAUUAUAUACCGUUAAACCUGACAUCGAUGGUGGGGAAAAUGCUAGAGUCAGUUAUCAAAGAUGUGAUAACAGCACAUUUGGAAAGUGGUGAAAUCAUCGAACAAAGUCAGCAUGGAUUUGUGAAAGGAAAAUCAUGUCUGACGAAUCUCAUAGAAUUUUUUUGAGGAUGUAACUAGUAGAGUGGAUAGGGGAGAACCAGUGGAUGUGGUAUACUUAGAUUUUCAAAAGGCUUUUGACAAGGUCCCACACAAGAGAUUAGUGUGCAAACUUAAAGCACACGGUAUUGGGGGUAUGGUAUUGAAGUGGAUAGAGAACUAGUUGGCAGACAGGAAGCAAAGAGUGGGAAUAAAUGGGACCUUUUCAGAAUGGCAAGCAGUGACUAGUGGGGUACUGCAAGGCUCAGUGCUGGGACCCCAGUUGUUUACAAUAUAUAUAAAUGAUUCAGACGAGGGAAUAAAAUGCAGCAUCUCCAAGUUUGCGGAUGACACAAAGCUGGGCAGCAGUGUUCGCUGUGAGGAGGAUGCUAGGAUGAUGCAGGGUGACUUGGAUAGGUUAGGUGAAUGGACAAAUUCAUGGCAGAUGCAAUUAAAUGUGGAUAAAUGUGAGGUUAUCCACUUUGGUGGCAAGAACAGGAAAACAAAUUAUUAUCUGAAUGGUGGCCGAUUAGGAAAAGGAGAGGUGCAACGAGACCUGGGUGUCAUUGUACACCAGUCAUUGAAAGUGGGUAUGCAGGUACAGCAGGCGGUGAAAAAGGCGAAUGGUAUGGUGGCAUUCAUAGCAAGAGGAUUCGAGUACAGGAGCAGGGAGGUACUACUGCAGUUGUACAAGGCCUUGGUGAGACCACACCUGGAGUAUUGUGUGCAGUUUUGGUCCCCUAAUCUGAGGAAAGACAUUCUUGCUAUAGAGGGAGUACAAAGAAGGUUCACCAGAUUGAUUCCUGGGAUGGCAGGACUUUCAUAUGAUGAAAGACUGGAUCGACUAGACUUAUACUCUCUGGCAUUUAGAAGAUUGAGGGGGGAAUCUUAUUGAAACGUAUAAAAUUCUAAAGGGAUUGGACAGGCUAGAUGCAGGAAGAUUGUUCCCGAUGUUGGGGAAGUCCAGAACGAGGGGUCACAGAUUGAGGAUAAAGGGGAAGCCUUUUAGGACUGAGAUGAGGAAAAACUUCUUCACACAGAGAGUGGUGAAUCUGUGGAAUUCUCUGCCACAGGAAACAGUUGAGGCCAGUUCACUGGCUAUAUUUAAGAGGGAGUUAGAUAUGGCCCUUGUGGCUAAAGGGAUCGGGGGUAUGGAGAGAAGGCAGGUACAGGGUUCUGAGCUGGAUGAUCAGCCAUGAUCAUACUGAAUGGUGGUGUAGGCUCAAAGGGUCAAAUGGCCUACUCCUUCACCUAUUUUCUAUGUUUCUAUCUGUGCCGUCGGAGUUUGGAGAACCCCCCCCCCCCCCAUUAUGGGCAAAACCUCUCAUCUAUUCAGAGCUCUCUAAAACUGGUUGCACAGACCGAGAGUGUGGCAAAGAAGCUCUUUGUUAGUCUUGCCUUUAUUAGUCAAGGCAUUGAGAUCAAGGGUCAGGCAGUUAAUUUGCAGGUUUAAAAAACUCUGUUUAUCCACAUCUAUAGUUAUUGCUUUCAAUUCCCUGUUGUAGGAAGGACAUGGAGACUUCAGAGAGGGUGCAGAGUGUGUUACCAGGACGCUGCCUAGAUUAGAGAGCAUAGCUACAAGGAGAGACUGGACCAGUAUUUUUUUCUCUCUCUCUGGAUAGGUCUUGGUUGAGGGGAGACCUAAUAGAAAUUUAAAUUAUACGUUAGAUAGCCAGUAUCCAUCUUCCAGGGUCAAAAUGUCUAAUACUAGAGGCCUUGUGAUUAAGGUGAGAGGGGGUAAGUUCAAAGGAGAUGUGUGUGGCAGAUUAAUUUUUUUGCACACACACAGAGUGGUGGGUGCCUGGAAUGUGUUGCCAAGAGUGGUGAUGGAGGCAAACAUGAUAGCGACAUUUAAGAAGCUCUUAGAUAGAGAUGGAGGGAUAUGACUCUGCAGGCAGGAAUUAGUUUAGUUAGGCAGGUACUUACUAGUUUAACUCAACAUGAGGGCUUUCUCAUGUGCUGUUCUAUGUCCCUCAUAAUUUUGUAUGCCUGCACCAGGCUCCCACUUAGCCUCCUCAGUCCAAUGAAAACAAAUCCAAACAAUCCAGUUGCUCAUCAAAACAUGAACAUGCCAUCCCAGGUGACCACCUCUACACUCCCUCCAGUAGUGCAGUAACCAGAACUGCACACUGUCUUUCAGAUGCCGUCUAACAAGUUCCAUGUUCUUAUAUUCUGUUACCACCCAAUUAUGCCUUCUUUACUACUUUACUCUAACCUUUAGGGAUGCAUGGAUUGUAUAUCAAAGUUCAUCGAUACUCCCCUAAUGCCAUCCUAUUCACCCUUAUUGAACACUUCCCACUUUAUGCUUCAUCUACCAAAGUCUUGCCCACAUUUCUGUAAAAACCCUCUUGGUUUAGCAUUGUCAGCAGUAAUGGUGCCAUCAGACAUGCUGUUGGCCUAUACUGUGAGUAAGUGGGCCUCUGGUCACAGCCACCAACACGAGAAGGAAUCCACUUAUUCCCACUGUCUGCUUUCUGGCCAGUAAACAUGUGUUAGUCCACAUCAAUAACAACCUUGACUUCAUGAACUCUAUAAAGUUACAGAACGUCUCUGUGUCCUCAGGCCCUUUAUCUCACCUUAUCCAUGCCAACCAUCUUCUGGAGGAAAAAAUACUCUUCCUCCGGUCCUCUCUAAACCUCCUACCCCUUCCUAUGUCUGCUAAGUUUUGUCACCACCGUCAUGGAAUGAAUUUCCAUCUACAAAGUUCUGCCCUUCUUAGCCCUACCACGGGUUCAGCCACCUGCCAACCACCUCCUCAAGGAAACCUGCCUCCCCAGUCUCUCUCUACCCAGCUGGAGCACCUCCUUCAGAAGGAUGAGCAGUUCAGCCUGGCAGCUUACCCACCACUUUACAUAUACUUGGAGAUAAGCAACCAUGUGCUGGCAGUGGCUGGAUGUGAAUAAAACAAGUUCAGUUCAGCAAACUCAACUCUAUUUGACAAAUGGAAUGUGAUAAAGUGUAUACUUAACAACAUUUGCAAAGCUUGAGCAGAGAAAGCAUAAAUCAAGCACAUACUCCUAUGUGGUAUCAUUCUAACUUACAUUUUAAAUAAAAUCCUCAUGGACCUGGUAUGAAAAACCAUUCACCAAAGCUUAACAAAGUGUCUUGCAAAAUUAUCCGAUAAAGUGGAGAAGCAGUGAAAAAUUCCUCAUUUAACUGUUCACUUGUUCAUCCAAGUAUUAGUUACAGGAUUUGUUAAAGCACCAGAUAGUAUUACCAAAACAGUUCCAAAAAUAGAUUCUAUUUCCACUUUAAUUCCUCAGCACUGCAACAUAUAUAAGACCAUACGGUUGACUGGGAAAAUCACGGUUAGUGAUGGAUCUCAAGAGAGUGAGUUGUAGAUGGCUUUUUAGAGCAGUUUGUCAUUGAGCCUGCUAGGGGAUCAGCUAUACUGGAUUGGGUGUUAUGUAAUGUACCGGAGGUGAUUCGGGAGCUUAAGGUAAAAGAACCCUUCGGAGGCAGUGAUCACAAUAUGAUUGAGUUCAACUUGAAAUUUGAAAGGGAGAAAGUAAAGUCUGAUGUAGCAGUAUUUCAGUGGAGUAAAGGAAAUUACAGAGGUAUGAGAGAGGAGUUGGCCGAAGUGGAAGGUGCUGGCAGGGAUGACAGCAGAGGAGCAAUGGCGUGAGUUACUGGGAAAAAUGAGGAAGGUGCAGGAUAGAUGUAUUCCAAAAACAAAGAAAUACUCAAAUGGCAAAAUAGUCCAACCAUGGCUGACAAGGGAAGUCAAAGUUAAUAUAAACACAAAAGAGAGGGCAUAUAACAAAAUUAGUGGGAAGAUAAACGGUUGGGAAGCUUUUAAAAACUUACAGAGAGCAACUAAAAGAAUCAUUAGCAGGGAAAAGAUGAAGUAUGAAAGGAAGCUAGCAAACAAUAUCAAAGUGAAAGCUUCUUUAAGUGUGCAAAAAUAAAAGAGAGAUGAGAGUGGAUAUAGGACCAUUUGAAAAGGAGGCCAGAGAAAUAAUAAAGAGGGACCAGGAGAUGGCAAAUGAACUAAAUGAGUAUUUUGCAUCAGUCUUCACUGUGGAAGUAAUGAUCUUUCAAGAAUCAUUGAACUCUGGCAUGGUGCCAGAGGACUGAAAAUUGCAUAUGACACUCCACUCUUUAAGAAAGGAAGGAGACAACAGAAAGGAAAUUAUAGACCAGUUAGCCUGACUUCAGUGGUUGGGAAGAUGUUGGAGUCCAUUGUUGAGGAUGAGGUUAUGGAGUACUUGGUGACACAGGACAAGAUAGGAGAAAGUCAGCAUGGUUUCCUGAAGGGAAAAUCUUGCGUGACAAACUUGUUGGAAUUCUUUGAGAUUACAAGUAGGAUAGAUAAAGGGGAUGCAGUGGAUGUUGUAUAUUUGGACUUUCAGAAAGCCUUUGACAAGGUGCCACACAUGAGGCUUCUUAUCAAGUUAGGACCCCAAGGUAUUACAGAUAAGUUAUUGGCAUUGUUGGAGCAUUGGAUGAUAGGUAGGAGGCAGCAGCAAGUGGGAAUAAAAGGAUCCUUUUCAGAUUGUCUGCCAGUGACUUUUUAAAAAUUUAUUUAUGGGAUGUGGACGUCGCCUGUUAAGCCAGCAUUUAUUGCCCAUCCCUUGUUUUUCUUGAGAAGGUGAUGAGCUGCCUUCUUGAACCGCUGCAGACCCUGAGGUGUAGGUACACCCACAGUGCUGUUAGGGGCAGAAUUCCAUGACUUGGACCCAGCCACAAUGAAGGAAUGGCGAUGUGUUUCCAAGUCAGGAUGGUGAGUAACUUGGAGGGGUAUUUCCAAGUGGUGUUGUUCCCAGGAAUCUGUUGUUCUCAUCCUUCUAGAUUGUGGUGGUCGUGGGGCUGGAAGGUACUGCCUUAGGAACUUUGGUGUGCUGUUGCAGUGCAUCUUGUAGAUAGUAGACACUGCUGCAACUAUUCUUUGAUGGUGGAGGGAUUGGAUGCUUGUGGAAGGGGUACCAAUCAAGUGGGCUGCCUUGUACUGGGUAGUGUCAAGCUUCUUGAGUGUUGAUGGAGCUGAACUCAUCCAGACGAGUGGCCAGUAUUCCAUGACACUCCUGACCUGAGCCUUGUAGAUGGUGGACAGGCUUUGGGGAGUCACGAAGUGAGUUACACGCCUAGCCCUUGACCUGCUCUGGUAGCCAUGGUGUUUAUAUGGCUAGACCAGUUCAGUUUCCUGUUAAUGGUAACUCCAGGAUGUUGAUAGUAGGGGAUUCAGUGAUGGUGAUGCCACUGAAUCUCAAGGGAUAAUAGUCAGAGCCUCUCUUGUUGGAGAUGAUCAUUGCCAAGCAUUUGUACGGCUCGUUUGACUGUUUCUUUUUAUGCUGUACAUCAAUGACUUGGAUGAUGGAAUAGAUGGCUUUGAUGCCAAGUUUGCAGAUGAUACGAAGAUUGAUGGAGGGGCAGGUAUUGUUGAGGAAACAGGUAGGCUGCAGAACGACUUAAGACAGAUUAGGAGAAUGCGCAAGAAAGUGGCAAAUGAAAUACAAUGCUGGAAAAUGCAUGAUCAUGCACUUUGGUAGUAGAAAUAAAUGUGCAGACUAUUUUCUAAACAGGGAGAAAAUCCAAAAAUGUGAGAUGCAAAGCGACUUGAGAGUCCUUGAGCAGAAGACCCUAAAGGUUAACUUGCAGGUA